GAUACCUCCGGACAAAAACAGAAUUUUAUUAUUCGAGUAUCUUUAGUGAAUUAUCAUGGAAAUGCUAUACUAGAUGAAAUUAUUCGUCAACCUUUUAAUUUCACUGAAUUUAGAUCAAACAUUACUGGAGUUACACCAGAAAUAUAUGCCACUAAGGGUAA